CUAAUGAUAGCAAUGUAGCCUAGGUUUAUUUAACGCACAGGCUGUAUUCUCAUCCAAUGAUGGAGACAGUUGGAAAUAAGAGUGACAUUGAUAAAGGUCCUGAAACGGACAGCUCCGGAGACAGCGUGCGCGCGGCGCUCACUGGCUGCACCUUACUCAUCUUAAUUGUUUCAACAUUGCUGGGGAACACGCUCGUGUGUGUCGCAGUCAUCAAAUUCAGACACUUGCGAUCCAAAGUCACCAACUUCUUCGUCAUAUCCCUUGCAGUGUCCGACCUCUUUGUCGCUGUCCUGGUGAUGCCGUGGAAAGCCAUGUCUGAGGUAGCGGGCUGUUGGCUAUUCGGCGACUUUUGCGAAACUUGGAUCGCCUUCGACAUCAUGUGCUCUACGGCUUCUAUUCUCAACCUCUGUAUAAUAAGCUUGGACAGGUACUGGGCUAUCUCAAGUCCUUUUCGGUAUGAACGUAAAAUGACACAACGCGUGGCUUUCAUAAUGAUCAGUGUGGCGUGGACUUUAUCUAUACUAAUCUCCUUCAUCCCGGUGCAGCUGAGCUGGCACAAAGUCGAAGACGAGUACGCAGUGGAGAUCAAUGAGUGCAACGCCUCUUUGAACAGAACCUACGCUAUAGCUUCAUCGUUGAUAAGCUUUUACAUCCCCGUUGUGAUCAUGAUUGGUACAUAUACCCGAAUUUUUCGAAUUGCGCAAACGCAAAUCAGGAGGAUAUCGUCGUUGGAGAGAGCUGUUGAGCACGCCCAAAAUCACCCUCAAGUCCCCGACUGCGCAAACGAAAACUCCCUCAAAACGACUUUUAAGAAGGAGACCAAGGUUUUGAAAACCCUGUCUAUAAUCAUGGGCGUAUUUGUCUUUUGCUGGUUGCCUUUCUUUGUCCUCAAUUGCAUAGUUCCAUUUUGUGACAUAAGUGACCAGUCGGAAUUGCCGUGCGUAAGUGACACCACUUUCAACAUUUUCGUCUGGUUCGGAUGGGCUAAUUCCUCCCUGAAUCCCGUCAUAUACGCCUUUAAUGCGGAUUUCAGAAGAGCCUUUUCGACUAUACUUGGGUGCAACAGGUUUUGCCCCACCUCAGCAGUCGAGGCUGUGAAUUUUAGUAACGAGUUGGCUUCCUAUCACCAUGACACCACUCUCCAGAAAGACGCACCGGUAGUAUCCAACACUCAACGUCUAGCCAUGGUCCCAAUCCUCGGAGAGGAUGUGGACCAACCGUUUGACAAAGUCUCUGUUCUGUCUAAUAAUUCAUGUAAUACCAGAAAUCUUUUGUUGCCGGCAAUUAUGCAAAUUGAGUGUGAGGCUGAAAUAUCUUUAGAUAUAAUGCCUUUCAGUUCGACUGGACAAAACGAAAGUUAUGUUAUGCCUGGACAAGUGGAGGACUAG